UGCGGCUGGUGGCUGGCUGGUGGUGGUGUUGUGGUUGUCGUUUUGAAAAACUAUUUUGACGUGCCACCGGCGCCCUUUGAAUUAACUCACGAAACCCCGGGAUCUGGCCUUCUAUUAUUGUGUACUAUAAUGGAGGCUGGAGAGACCAGUGUGAUAUACGACGUCCAAAGACCGAAAUAAAAGAUAUUGCUGAACCAUUUAAUCACAUAACCGAAACAAUGUCAGAAAUCACAGACGCUAGUAUUUUGAGGGAUGUCAUUGAAAGGAAUGGAUUACGUUUUAGUAAUUUUAAAACAAGGGAUGCAUCUAAGCUAUAUUCUGUACAGGCUUUUCUCAACGAAGUGUUGGAUCUGAAAGUUAAUAUUGUUAAUAUUGAAAGUAUCGAAGAACUACAGCCUUGUUUGGAUCGGUUAAAUAGAGAAUUUCAAAAAAGAAGCUAUCCAGAGUAUGAUCUAGCUAAAGAAGGAAUCCAGGAAUUACUGAUUGAUGAGACUGUUGAUGCCAAUAUACCAAAUGUGAAAUCUAAAGAUGGAAUUGACAUUGAUUAUAAAAUGGCAACAGUGGUGCUAAAGUCUUACCUUGACAAUAUCACAACAAGGCUUGAGAUAUUUAAAUAUGUAUGUGUUCAUAUCGCUGAUAGGGAUAUAGGCACACAUACAGGUAUUUUUCCAGACUUGGGAGCGGUAACAUGGAAUCUUUCCAAAAAUUUGGAUGAAUUGAGAGCAGAUAGGUUUCGUAAAAAAAUAAUAGCAAUUCAUUUGGAAAGUAAUAUUUUAGAAAUACAAAAAUCUGAAGAUAUCAUCCAUGCAGCAUCUGAAAUAGAUUCUCUAAUAAUAUUCUCUACUUUUGUAAAACAGCCACAUUUGAAGACAGAGAGACUUAGCGAUUAUGCACCAACUUUAGCAAGUCUCAAAUUUAAAGAUGAUGAUAAAAUCCAGAAAUAUGUAAUGCCUGAUAAAAAAGUGCAUUAUGAUUUCAAGCGUCAGAUAACACUAGUCAAACCGCAAAAUCAAACCCAAAGGAAGGCACUGUAUAAAAUAAUAAACAGCGAUGAACUUAUGGUGAAGUACAGCAGGCCAAUUCUGAAUGAAAAUGAUAGCGUUACCUCAUUUUAUCGUCAGCUGUACAAUUCUGAUUUGAUUUACUGGGAAGACUAUAAAAUUGGAUUUCUAACAGAAUCCAUUAAAAAUAGAUAUAUUGAAUUUUACAAAACAAUGGUUAUAGAUUCAAAUAGCGAAUUCGAUAUAGAAUCAAGAUUUCUGAGACAUGCGAAUGACUUUCUUAAUUUUAAAGAAAAGGAAAAUGGUAACGAUACCAUGGAAAGUUAUGCUUACUAUUUUCUAAAAUCUUUGGAUUUAUUUAUUACGAAAUGGGCAGAAGUCAAUCAACCCGACUAUGAAGCCACUUUAAGCUUGGAAUUAUAUCAUUUGCUACGGCAAAUAUCGUCUAACGGCGUUAAAUCUAACGUUUCAGUUAAUAAUAGUCAAGGCACAACUAAACUCUGUGAUUUAAUGUUUCGAAACAAAGAAACUGCUCUCAUCAUUAAGGCCAAAUAUUCCCGAAAUAAAGAACUAUUGAUGCAAGGACUUUCACAGCUAGAAAAUGAAUACAAGACUGUAUUGAAAGAAUAUGAAAAACAAGCUUAUUUGGUCAUUGAUAUGUUACAUCAAGAAAAAAACAAAUUUAUGGUUUCCAUGAUAUUACAAGUGGCAUACUCCAAUGAUGGUGCAAAUAAAUCAACUAAACCUCGCAUAUCUUUUUUGACAUUGUAUAAUACGAUUGGCGAAAAAACGUGUAUACAUUUUGAUCAAAAAUAUAAAUUAUUAGAACUAACUUAGAGUAGAAAAGGCUGGUGUAUGCACAAAAUAGCAGGCUGUUUUUAAUAAUUUUAUACAACUAUGUAAGUUACCUUUAUAACAUAGCGAUAAAUAAGUGCUCUGUAAAUAUUUUAUGAAUCUCAGAAUAAAAAUGCAAUAACAAGUCUGAUCCUAAAA